AUGGCCAACACAGCGUUCCAAAAUGCCGUCAAACGAGAAGAAGAGUAUUUAAGACGCGUGCACCCGACCCCGGAAGAUAUUCCAGGAUGUAUGAACCUCUUCGACGUUUACCUUUCAUGCAAUGCCAUACGAACGCAGGUGAAGUCCCUGUAUCGGUACGGGCAAAUGUCUUCUUGUGGCGACAAGCUCGAGGACUUCAAAUUCUGCUUGACCAUGAAGAUGAUGCACCCGGAGGAGAAGCGAGACGCGUGGAUACGGCGUAGAGCGGAGUGGUGGGCGAAACGGAGAAUGACGAAGAGCAGUGAGGACGUCUGGGACAUUCGGAGUGAACCGCUGAAAAACUACCCACCCCCUCUGCCAGCAGAAGAAGCCCAAGUAGAAACAGGUGUAAUUCAGUAA